AAAGUGCACGGACAACAGACGCUGUUUGGACACCUUCAGGCCCAGGAUGGCUCAUGAGAAGAGAUUUUCUAAAAUUCCCAUGUCCAAGCGCAUGCGAGACCUCUGUAAAGAGGAAGACUACGCUUUCUUAAACAGCCAGAGAGAUCCGGACCAGAGUCCAGAGGAAAGCAAUUUUCCUGAAAGUCAAAGUCAGAAGACACUAGAGGAGAGGGACCGCCGUCAACACGAGCGAGAGCUGCAGAGACAAGAGAAACAACGUGUGAUAGAGGAACAGCAGAAGGAGAAAGAGGAGAAGUGGAAAAGUCAUGUAGCCGAGCUAGCGGUCAAACAGGAGGCCAUCCACGCCAGACUGCACAGACUGCGAGAAUUCAGGGACUUCCAGAAAAAGGUCCUGCUCCAGGAUUUGGGCCCGGAUGCCGGUUCGGCAGACAAAACUAUCAACCACCUCCUGAUGAGAUUCUAAGGGUGUUUACUACACAUUGAACAAACGACUAAACUGUCUCCACCCAAUCUGUCCGAAUGUUUAAAAUGCUAACAGAGCGGCUGUAUAUGAUACACUGCAGGUGCGGAGCGGGUCUGACACCUUCUAAAGAUCUGUUAAUAUUAGGCUGUUUAAAAGACCGUGUCUAAGAAUAACCUGAGUGAAAUCUUAUCUCCACGUCAUCUUCAAAGACGCUAACCGGAUUGAAACUCUUUGUCAAAUGACAAUAGGGCGAGUUACGGCUCAUUCAACGUUCGAAAUGAUUUAAUAACAAACUCGCUGACUG